AUGACCCAUCCUUAUGUUCCUCGUGCCAGGGUCUACCGUCCAUCGUACGGUAACGUACUGCCACAGACACCAGCAGCUCUUCAGCCCAACUACAACGCAGAGGUGAACCGCAUUCCCAUCAACCCCCGCCGUCACACCGCCGCAAAUAUAAUCCCAUCCCAACAACCUCAGCAACAAGGCUCUCACCUACACCCUCUUAUCCACCGCACAACGCGCGCCUAUGACCUCGUCAUCAACUACGCUCGCAACUCCAACGGCGGUACCCGCUGGUCGUACGAGGAUAUCGACGAUAUCAAGCACGUUGGGAAGUAUCUACAUCGCGACGUGCUUGAUUUGAAAUACUGGAAAGAAUUGGUUACAAACGGGGGUGACAUGGAUGAGGGCACUGCGAGGAGGAUAUGGGACGACGAGGAGAGGUUGAAGAACUACUGUGAGCGGGUUCUGGAUGUGAUUGGGGAUACUGAAAGGCUUCCGCUGAGGCAGCGUAUGACCCAAGAUGAGGAGAUGGAUGAAGGUUCUAGGGAGAGCGAGUAUGGUGUUGACGAUGGCCGCAACGAUCUCGGCGGAAGGACGAUCUCGGAGGAAAGCGUGGACGACGAGAUGUAUACAGACCUAGAGGACAAGGUCGAAGAGAUCGAUCAGCCGGUUGAUGCACGGUGGGCAACCUGGGCAAGUGAGUCUUCAGCGCGGUUCGCUUGGUGA